AAACUAUAGUGUUCUUUUUUAUUGGAACCAAUUUCGAUGUUUUGAUGUUGUGAUGAGUUUGUUAAAUUCAAUGUAAAACAAUGUUUUUGGUUAGGCUAGAUUUAUAAACUCCGGGGGUGUUACGGUUGGCCAACGAAUUCCCUUUAGCUAGCAUGUAGCUUUUUGUCAGUGCUCUGAUUGAGACCUGCAGGAAACAUUAGCGCCACUAGCUUCUAAAUACCGUCCCUGUGUUGAAAUGGAUAUUCUGAGGGACGACGAAGAGGAUGAGCUGAAAUACAAACGUUCAGGGCGCCUGGACAUGAGCCACGGCUUCCUGCACCAUAUCCGGAGGAACCAGAUUGCUAGGGAUGACUAUGAUAAAAAGGUGAAGGAAGCCAAGGAGCUGCAGCUGCGGAGGAACACCACAACCCCCAGACGACCCCGUCGACCUGACAUCCAAGUGUACCAUCCACGGCGAAGACAUGAAUCAGAACCAGGGGCUGGUGCCGAGGCUGAGGAGUGGAACGAGAGUGGGUCGAGCACAGAGACUGAAACACACGGGACUGAACUCUUCUGGCUCGACUAUCAGGCAGACUCUGGUGCCAUUACGUCCUUCCUUGUGCACAAGGAAGAUAAGCCCGAGAUAGUAGUGGAAAGUGUUGCGGAAAAGAAUAGCUUGGAUUCAGCCAUGAGGGCAGCUCUGGUGGCUCGGAUUCGAAAGGAAAUGGACAAAAGACGGGACAAACGCUGAGUGAUAUCAGAACCACGAAUGUGAUGUCAAAGGCACUACAGGCAAAGCCCUGUGGAAUAAUAUUUCGUUCACAGUUCUGUGCUCUUCCGUGAGCGCUGUUCACAUUGUUGGAGGAAUAAUGAGGAACUGGGUCCUGUGCAGCCGCUGUCGGCAGAGAUCCCAAUGUGUUCUCCAACAAAGUUUUCUGUUAUUAAAGGAGAAGGAACCACAGUUGGUACAGACAGUGUGGUGUGGAGAGGUCACGUUCACUGCAUCGUACUCAUCUUAUACCGUCAUCUUAUACCGUUACCUCAUACAAGGUCUGAACACAUUGUUGACUGGACCUUUACAUGUUUGUUUCAGAAAGGACUUUCACAGAACAGUGUUCACCCUGAUCCUCCACUGAACAUGGUUGUGUUUCCUCUGUUUACAAAGAUCAGAAUAGCAGCCUGUCACCGAUCCUAUGUUGUAAAUGUGAGAGUUCCAUUUUGGUUCGUAUUGAAUUGAAGAGUUUAGUGGAUGUUGCCAUGAUGCUGUUUGUGUGGCAACUGUGUUUUGUUGUUUUCAGUAUUAUAAUUUAUUCAGGGUUGUUGAAAGACUUAUUUUUGAUACUGUAAUAUAUUUGACAACUCUUUAAAUGUAGAGUGACAUAAAAAUUAUGAUUUACUGUCCAAAUGUGACUGUGUCUUUUUCUCAAUGUAUCGCUGGCAUAUUUAGUGCUAGAAGGAAAAAUAACAGAGCAACACAUUGUAAGACACUGAUAUUACACACCACGUUUUCAGCAGGUGGCGCUAUCAAUCCAUUUUCAACUGCACAUUCCUUUAUAGCCUUUAUAUUAUGUAAGCCUGAACUGCCGUUCUCCUACUUCCAGAUUUGAUUGUA